GAUCUACAUCACAAAGACGCUUGUAACUGAAAAUGGAUGAAAAAGAUCGCACAGUUUGGGUUGGAAAUUUGACGGACAAAGUUACUGAGCCUCUUUUAUAUGAGCUAUUUUUACAGGCUGGUCCCUUGGAGAAAGUCAAAUUAGCUUUAGACAAAGAUGGAAGAACAAGAAGAUAUGCCUUCGUGACGUUCAAACAUGAGUGUUCUGUUCCUUACACCAUAGAAUUGAUGAAUGGAAUUGAACUUUUUGGCAAUAACAUACGCCUACAAACAAGGACAGGCUCCUCUAGCAGUGCGACUUAUGACGGUGGCAGUGCAGCACAGUCUGCCCCGUAUAACAGUCCCGUACAGAGUGGGAACGCCCAUGACAACAGGCAAUCUUCUGGUCAUCCACCACACAAUCUACAGAGGUCUUCAACCUGGCACGGAAGUACACAUGCAAGUGGACGGAGUCCAGAUAUAAACUUUAGAAAUUUACCUAAUAUGCAGCCACAGGCUGUGGUGACGGCCAUGUCAUAUCAACAAAGGAGAGAGAGAGUCAUGCAGCAACAUAACUUACAAGUAUCAAUUCAUCAGCAGCAGGUCAUACAGAGGUUGGCCUCACAGCCUAUACCACAUUCUAACCCCUACGGUCGUUCUAGCCGGCCCUGGCAACAAGCCCCAUAUAGACGAUACUGAUACCAAACUUCAUCCCCUACACUACGUCAAAGCCAUUCAAGUCAGCUCUAGCAGCAAGCCCUGUAUAGACAAUACUGAUACCGCACAAAAUCUCCAGCAACUGUUCAAGUUGGCCCUGACAGCAAGCCCUGUAUAGACAAUACUGAUACCGCACAAAAUCUCCAGCAACUGUUCAUGUUGGCCCUGACAACAAGCCCCAUACAGACAAUACUGAUACCACAGUGACACUACAUCUCAAGCAACUGUACAGACAUUAUUGAUGCCAAACUUAAGCUACAAUUAAGGGUGCUUUUGUUGUCCAACAAUCUGACUCCCUUAACAUUCAUUUGUGUUCGAAAACCUAUAUCAUCAAUGACAUUCUAGCAUUAAGGUCACAUUAUCAGCUUGGCAGCAAAGUCCAUUAGAGAAAAUACAUUUAAACUGAUCCCGGUCUUCAUGUUCCUUCAAUUAAGAAAUUCCUUAACUUCGAAAUUUCCAUUGAAAAGCAUUACAUGUAUAUGUAAAAAUCUUGGUUAAGGGAACUGAAAUUCUGUAUCCAGUGUUUUUUUAUCAAAAGUUUUAAGUUACGGAAUAUUGAUAAAACUGAGAUUUAGAUUUGUGUACCUUUAGUGCUCAGAUAUACAGAUUCCUGUCAUAAAAAUGUUGGUGUUUCAGUGAAAAUCUCAUUUUACUGGUCAGUUUCAAACAUAUUCACAUAUAUGUAGAGAAGGUGAAUGUGUAGCAUCUAUUAACAGAACUGAGAUAUGAAACCAGAUAUUUUAUCUUUUAUAUAAUACAAAAGUCUAUGACAAGAAAGUUUUUAAAUAUCAUUUUAUGCUCACUUUUGACCCAAUUUUGAUCGAUAUAGAUUUUAGUUUGGAAAAAAUAAAGCAGUUAUGUCCCUUUGAACACUAUACUAUAAGCUUACUACAAACAAAUAUCUUAAUUUGAUGUAAUAUAUUUUAAUUCCUAUUAAUUAAACACCUUGCUUUAUAAAUAAUGUUGGUAUUAAUAUAGUACUUCUUAGUUCUGAACAAAUUGACAAGAAUGUUUGUACAAGCAUCAUGCUUGAAGCAUGAGAGGACCUGACUAUGGCUCAAGGGGCCAAUGUUUUAACAUGAUUUAUAUUGUGUAUUGUUACAUUAAAUAUGUUAGUAAUCUU